UGGAAUAACCUUUCACAACAAUCUCACGUGUGACGUGUUUAUAACAAACAAUCUCAUCUUCCUCAUCUUAGGCCUUAGGCGCGCCCGGUGAAGUACCAUAAAGAAGAUCGGAUCUCCGCUGUUUGAGAAAUAAUGUCAUCCGUUCAGGCAGCAAAACGAAUUUUGCGCAAGGAAAUGAAAAACCGACUGUUAGCCAUGUCAAAGGAACAAAUCCUUAUUGAAUCAGAACAACUGACACAAAAGCUCCUCGCUACUGCGGCGUACAAAGAGAGCAAAAGGAUUGCCGUUUAUUUGAGCAUGUCAGAAGAAGUCCAGACGCAUGGAAUCUUGAAAAAUAUUUUUUCUGCCGGGAAAGUCUGUUUCAUUCCAAGGUACGAGACUAUCACAAAUAGCAUGGAAAUGUUGCGGCUGCAUUCGAUGGAGGACAUUCAGACCCUGGAAGUGACCAAGUGGGAAGUUCGCCAGCCAGCGGAAAAUGAUGAGAGAGAAAACGCUCUGGAGAGUGGUGGACUGGACUUGGUGAUCGUCCCUGGGCUGGCAUUCACCCUCUCAGGGCAGAGACUCGGGCGUGGAAAAGGCUAUUAUGAUACAUUCCUGCAGAGGUGCUCAACGAUGAUGGGAAAAGCGCCGCACACGAUUGCGCUCUCUUUCACUGAUCAAAUUGUUGACUCCAUCCCCGCAGAGGGGCACGAUUACAUUAUCGAUUCGGUCUUGACGCCUUAGUGAAGUCGUUUUGUUCGCAUUCUCAUAAUAUGUUACUUGCUGACGCUUUCAAUAUUCUAGUGAUUCUUAUGAAACAGGGUUAGGAAUAAAGUCUACUGAUUUUUGUACUUUUUCAUAA